AUGGUGAAUCCGGGCGAGCCGCCGUCGCCGACCAAGCCUUCGCCCGAGGGCAAGCAUCGGUCGAGCCGGCUCGCCACCGGCUCGCCCAAGUUCCGCAGCAAGCGCAGGGACGACGGUGCGGCUUCGUCCGACUCGGCCUCAUCGUCGUCGGCAGCGACCGGGCGGCCCAAGGUCCCGGCGCGGUCGCGUGCCCCCUCGAUCUCGUUCUCGGGUGAUGAGGGCGGUGGAUCGUCUGCCAGCGGCAUGCCGCGUGCCCGCGGCUGGUCCGCGCUCGAGGACGACCUCGGUGCCAUCGAGGCCGGUGUGGCAGUGGUUCAGGCCAAGCGCGCGGCGAUGGCGCCGCCGCCGCCGCCGACCUCGGCCCGCGCCUCGCGCGCUAUCUCGCCCGCGUUCAUCGCUGACCUCGACACGCAGCUUUCGGUGGGCUGUGCCCCGCCGUCGCCUGACGCCGCACUCCUGGCCUCGCGCGCGCUGCUCGCCGACCUCCUCGACGACGCCGCCGGCGACGACGAGUUCCUUGACAUGACCGACCCAUCGUCGUUUGACUUUACCUCAGACGACGAGGGCUCGCUCCUCGGCCUCGACACCGACUGGUCGGGCAUCGGCCACGAGCUCAACAUCUCGGCGACGUCGCCGCUGGUGCUCUCAAGCGACGACGCCGAGUCGCAACACGGCCCUGUCCCGCAUCUUGCUUCCGAUGCCGAUGCCUACGAGGCCUUGCUGCAUGAGGUCCCACUGCCGGCCGAAGCCGACCCCAAGGGCGUGCUGGACCUCGUCACCGCUUUUGCCGACUUUGCCGCAUGGCCCAACGCCAACUCGGCCAUUACCGAGGAGUUUGGCAAGAUUCCGCGCGACUUGCAGUCGCUGCAUGGACUCAAGGGCGCGCUGGAGGACAACGAGGAGUGUCUCCCGCCCGAGCUCGAACCGCAGCUAGCGGCCUUCCUUGCCGACGUCGCCUUCCGCACCCCAGCAGACGUCGCGGCGUGGCGGGCCGAGCAGGGGCUGGCACCGUCUGCGUCACCGCCUCGCCGCCGCCGCGCCUCGUCCAUUCUACGCUCCUCGAUCGUCACCUCGCUCCACCGCUACAUCGGAGCCUUUCAGGCGGCAUCCAAAGCGCUCGACGUCCACGCCCGCACCGCCUCCCUCGCCUCGGUCCGUGACCUGCUCAAGGUUGUCGUCGAGGCCAUCAACGGUGCGGCGGCCUGCCUCGUCGAGCUCGACCACCCGGAGAUGAUGACCGCCGACGAGCUCAAGGCACCCGCCGCCGCCCUCCUCCGCGCCGCCCGGCCGCUCUUUGACGCCGCAGACGACUACCACGCCGUCACACCGCCGUUCACCGCCGCACACGCCCAGCUCAAGGCCGUCGUCGCCAACCUCGUCGAGGAGGCCAACACCUGGUAUGCCGUCGACUCGCUCGCCGUCUCCACCCUCGCUCUUGCCCGUGACGACCUCUCCCCGCACUCGCAGCGGCUCAUCGACACUGAGCGCAUCACCCGCGUGCGCCUCUUGUCCUCGAGCAAGGCGGCCCUCGUCACCGUGUAG